CCUCACUUCUCGUCAUUCUGUGUCUACAAAUGCACAGAUUUGCGAAUUGCGAGUGAAACAUGUGGUAGAAAAUCGAAUUACGAAUAUAUUAGCCUGUUUUUUGGCUUGGCUUAUCACCUCGCUUUAAAUGCAUUCAUUUUAAUAGUAUUUUUACAAGACAAUCAUGCAUAAUCCUCGUCCAACGAAUAUUAGUAUUUUAAUCUAUAAUGAUCGGGCGAGUAAUUUUAUUACACUUAUAAUCUUAACAAGUUUUUUUACUUUUCCUUUUUUCCACACUGGAAACUGUGAUAGUGCAAGUUCAAAUUGGAUAAGCAAUAAUUUGGGGGAGAUUUCUUCCAGUAAUUUACAAUCUUCCUCGACAAUCCCACCUGAUAAAAGUAGUAAUUUAUCGAAACAUCCUGUUCUUCUUGUAAUUUCUUUUGACGGUUUUCGCCAUGAUUACUUUCACCGUGCCGCAACCCCAUUUUUGGAUCUGCUUAAAGAAGAUGGGUCAUCGGUUCCGUACAUGAAAAACCAAUUUGUGACUAAAACAUUUCCAAAUCAUAUGUCCAUUGCUACAGGGUUGCACUGUGAAAGUCAUGGAGUAGUUGAUAACGACUUAUUCGACCCAUAUUACAACAUGUCACUGCCAUCGGAUUCCAAUUUAUUUUGGAAUUAUAAUAAUGAAACGGUUCCUCUUUGGACUUGGAACGAAUUAGCAGGCGAUGGUCGUAAAAGCGGUGUGAUGAUGUGGCCAGGGUCGGACCAUCCAUACGGCCUAAAUCAUUCAAUGCAAUUACCAUCUCGAGUAGUAAAGUGGAAUGAAACUUUUCCAUAUAUUUGGCGCAUCGACCGUGUUUUAGAAUGGAUUACAAAUGAUCAAGAGCCCGUUAACCUAGUUUUCAUGUAUUUUGAAGAACCCGAUGAAUAUGCACACGCAUUCGGCCCAGAAUCGGAUGAAGUAACUGACAAAAUUGUGAAGCUUGAUAACGCGACGGGAUAUCUUGUGAAACAAUUAAAGUCAAUGAACCUUUUUGACAGAGUCAAUCUCAUAAUUUUAAGCGAUCACGGAUUUCAAGAAGUUAAAGCGAGUGAUAUGAUUAAUAUUUCGAGCAUUGUUGAUCCGGAUUUGUAUGAACAAUUUGGUUCGACACCGGUAGUUCAGCUUAAAGUUAAACCAGGAAAUUUUGAUGUGGUUUACAACAAAUUGAAGAAUGCCUCCAAGACUCAAAAUUUCACCGUAUAUAGCAAAGAGGAAAUUGCACAAGUGCCCAAUUGGUUUUACUCGAAAAACAGAAGAAUCUUGGACAUUAUUGUUGUCGCAAACUUGGGUUACGUAUUCGAAGACUUUGCUGACAAAAUAAAGUAUUACGACUCUCACUUUAAUAGAACACCAAGUCCAAAUAAUCGGUACGGCGUUCACGGCUACAGUAAUGGUCUCCUGCCUAUGCAUCCCUUCUUUCUUGCACACGGACCAUUAUUUCGGCACAAAUAUAUUGCUCCUCCAUUCGAAAAUGUGGAUUUAUUUCCUCUCAUCUGCAAAAUUUUGGGCCUUGAGACUCGAUCCAGUAAUGGCACUUUUGAAAACGUAAAGAAUCUGAUUGUCACACAAGGUUUUGCUGUUGGGAGUCCUGUUGGGUGGGCGAUUGGGGCCGGACUUGUUUUCGGCGUAAUGAUUUUACUCGGGAUUAUGUCCAUCUUGGCGUCAACUAGUCGUGAAAGAGAUCGAAGAGCUAGAUCAUCAUAUUCACAGAAUGGCACAAGAGGAUACAGGUUUAUUAAUCGCCGGAAUUCCUACGAUUCAGCUGAUGAAAAUGAAAAUGUAGAGGGGAACGUGGGGGGUGUGUCCUCAGUUCUCAAUAAUCUUGUUGACGAUGAUGAUGAUGAUGAUGAGCACAAUGAAGAAUGUCAACCAGGAAAAGAAGAAUAUCAAGCACUAUUGAAGACAGAGGAAGUUUAGUGUGCAUUCUUACUGAAUGAUUUGGUCUCAUUCGGGAGAUCGCGUUGCUGCCUUGGAGUCAAAAUCAUCAUAUGCACUGAUAACAGGAAUCUUUCUCAAGUACAAUCUCAAACACUAUGUAACGUAACUUAUACGAUCUCAUAAAAGUAUUUCCUUAUUGAUAUUCCUUAUUUCCAUUCCAUAAAAUUAUCUGUAUAAGCACAACUAAAAUUUCUGAUUGAUAUUUCCGGAAAAAAGGUUGAGGUUGUGAGUGAACUCUUGUGAUAAAAAAUGUUAAUUCCUUCUAGUCGUUAUUGUAAUCUAAAAACGGUCUAUAAAUGUUUUCAUUAAUGUAUUCAAAUUACAACAAAAAAAUCGUAGUUUUUCAUGAAUGUAUUUGUUUUUAAUAAAGUCAUAAAAAUCAUGGAAUGAACAAA